AUGUUUAAAGUUAAGGAUCUGCUGCUUUCGCCGACAACUUUCGAGGAUCCAAUUUUUGGAACCCACCUGCGAUGCUUCCAAUGGUACGGAUAUGUGGCCUCCAAGGAUCAGAAUAGGCCUUUGUUAAGUCUUAUACGUUGCACCAUUUUGACGGCAUCGAUUUGGCUUAGCUGUGCUUUAAUGCUGGCGAGAGUGUUUCGUGGUUACGAAAACCUCAAUGAUGGGGCCACAAGUUACGCCACCGCAGUCCAGUAUUUCGCGGUAUCUAUUGCCACGUUUAAUGCCUACAGGCAAAGAGAUAAAGUAAUAUCCCUUUUGCGAGUUGCCCACUCGGAUAUCCAGAACUUGAUGCUCGAAGCAGAUAAUCGAGAGAUGGAACUUUUGGUCGCCACUCAGGCUUAUACACGAACCAUUACCCUGUUGAUCUGGGUGCCAUCGGUUAUUGCUGGCUUAAUGGCCUAUUCAGACUGCAUCUACAGGACUCUAUUCCUGCCAAAAUCGGUUUUCAAUGUGCCAGCGGUGCGACGUGGUGAGGAGCACCCCAUUCUGCUAUUUCAGCUAUUUCCCUUCGGAGAACUUUGCGAUAACUUCGUUGUUGGAUACUUGGGACCUUGGUAUGCUCUGGGCCUGGGAAUAACGACUAUCCCAUUGUGGCACACAUUUAUCACUUGCCUCAUGAAGUACGUAAAUCUCAAGCUGCAGAUACUCAACAAGCGAGUGGAGGAGACGGAUAUUACCCGACUUAAUUCCAAAUUGGUAAUUGGUCGCCUAACUGCCAGUGAGUUAACCUUCUGGCAAAUGCAGCUCUUCAAGGAAUUUGUAAAGGAACAGCUGAGGAUUCGAAAAUUUGUCCAGGAACUACAGUAUCUGAUUUGCGUUCCCGUGAUGGCAGAUUUUAUUAUCUUCUCGGUUCUCAUGUGCUUUCUCUUUUUUGCCUUGACAGUUGGCGUUCCAAGCAAAAUGGAUUACUUCUUCAUGUUCAUUUACCUUUUUGUGAUGGCUGGUAUAUUGUGGAUUUAUCAUUGGCAUGCCACGUUGAUUGUUGAGUGUCACGAUGAACUGAGCCUUGCUUACUUUUCUUGCGGAUGGUACAACUUCGAGAUGCCUUUGCAGAGAAUGCUGGCUUUUAUGAUGAUGCAUGCCCAAAGGCCGAUGAAGAUGCGCGCCCUGCUGGUCGAUUUGAAUCUGAGGACCUUCAUAGACAUUGGCCGUGGAGCCUACAGCUACUUCAAUUUGCUGCGUAGCUCUCACUUGUAUUAGAGAAAAAGCCUUUUCUUCAGAGCUAAUCAAAUGCCGUUGCGCCUGUCAACUCGUUUGGCUAACAUGACAGUAAACAAGCCAUGCAAUUCAUUUUGCCC